CCGGUAGUCAGUUGAAGUGUCUUUCUUUUGUUUAGACAUUGCUCUUCAACUGUGCCGCUGUCGCUUUCUUUUCUCUGAUUUCUAGUCUGUUGUCGACUCACCAAACAUUGAUGCUAUCCGCCUGAUCAUACCGUACGAGUGACGCCUCUGGGCUCUCCUUUAUGCGCAUCGCCGUCGCAAGAUGAAAUUUGUUGGCACAGCAAAGGGCCGUUCGCCCAACCAUGACGUGCAGUCCGAUCGAUACGUGUCGCGCGAUGACACCUUAGAUAUUGAGAAACAAUACGGCCGCAAAGAAUACCAUUAUCGGGACCUGAGUCAUAGUUCAAUGGAUUCGGAUAGCGGCGACGAUUCGAUAGCGUCUUCUUCAUCGGCCGCUUCGUACUAUCCGAUGUUGAACACGACAGCCACUGGGCGGCGGACGCGGGCUACAAUUGGCUUUUAUCGCGUGCCGCACAGAAUCAUGAGAUGGCUUUGCCUCGCUCUGUUCUGUGCCCUCUUACUUUUUGUCCUCACUCUCUUCCGAUUCACCCUCUCAUCGCAAAGCACGCCGGUUGGCCUUGAGGUCCCCAAAGCCCCGUCGAGACCGCCGACUUGGGAAAACUUUCCCUUUCUGAAAAGGUAUCAUGGUGGUAUCCGAACACUGGUCGCGCGGCGAGAGAACGUCGCGGAGUACCCAAACGACGACCCUGAAGGCAUGAUUUCAGACAAAGGCGGUAGCGCGAACAGAACCAUUGAGGCUGGUGAUGGUGCCUCGGACCAAGCCCAACAAGGCUUGCCUUUUUUAAGCUCAGCGUUCAACCCUUACCCGAACUACACCUCUCCGGAAUAUAUCCAGAAUCAUGGCGUCAAGGGAGAAUGUUUCUUGGACGAAGACGAGACCAUUCGUCUUCCGUUAGUUCAUUCAUACCCCGGAGUGCCGCGCGGCUUUCCGGAUGCUGUGAUGGGCUCCAAUGAGAUGCUAGGAAUACAAGACGAUAUCUGCUUCGAUCGCUUCGGGCGACUUGGGCCAUACGGGCUGGGUUACAGUGUACGGAAAGGCGGGACAGGCGCUGGCCUAGAGGGACAUAGAGAAGGCUUUGAGCGUGUGUGGGAGGAAUUCCCUCCAGUGGACUUCCGACGGGUGAGUUGGGCGGCUGCACAAAAACGUUGUCUGCACAAAAACAUUCAUCGUUUUGGGGAUCUGCCUAAGGCUCAGCCCGAGCGUGUUUUCUCCAUGGCAUUGGAUAGUCCCAAAGAAAAGGAUGGGGUGGAUGGAACCCCAGAAUUACAGGAGACGGAUUCGAAAAAUGCCACAGAAGACAACCGGCACCGUCUUCCUCGAACCGCGUUCGUGAUCAGGACAUGGCAUGAUUUCAGUUAUACACCUGAUGACAUCUUGUACCUGCGGUCCAUAAUCGCCGAACUGUCCCUGCUAUCUGGUGGCGAGUACACAGUUCACUUUUUGAUACAUGUCAGAGAUACGAAUCUGCAGAUCUGGGCUGACGACGAGACGUACGACCGCGUGCUUAGGGGUGCCCUCCCGGAGGAGUUCCACGGAAUGGGUACACUGUGGUCGGAACAGCAAAUGUCAGUUGUGUACGCGGGUAUGGAAGAGACAUGGGCUCGGGGUUUGUCCGUACAUGGAGUAUACCGUAGUACUUUUAUGCCCAUGCAAUAUUUCGCAUCCAGGCACCCUGAGUACGACUACUACUGGAACUGGGAGAUGGACGCGCGCUACACUGGCCAUUGGUACCACCUCUUCGACAAGGUUGUCAACUGGGCACGCCAGCAGCCUCGCAGGGGAUUAUGGGAGCGAAACUCCAGAUUCUAUGUGCCAUCCGUACACGGCUCUUGGGAUGACUUUAGACAAAUGGUUCGCGUGCAGACGGAGCUCGGCACGAACAGCCCAAGCAACAUGUGGAGCGCAGGUGCUACUCACGACUUCGCUCAUGGCGAGAAACCUGGUCGACGCCAGGGCGACAAAUUCAUCUGGGGACCUGUGCGGCCGGACGAACAGGAUAUCUUCGAAGUCGAUGGCGAGGGUAUUCCCCCAACGACUAUGGAGAAGGACAAAUAUGAAUGGGGAGUCAACGAGGAGGCUGAUCUCAUUGUCUUCAAUCCCAUCUUCGAUCCUGAUGGAACAACCUGGCCUCUCAAGGAUGAUGUUACCGGGUACAACCGCGAGAAUGGCCUGCCACCACGACGAGCCGCAAUCAUUACCACCUCCAGACUUUCACGUAAGUUGCUACUCACCAUGCACAAGGAAACAACCUUCAAGCGGCACACCAUGUUCUCGGAAAUGUGGCCUGCUACUACGGCGCUGCAACAUGGGUUUAAAGCAGUUUAUGUGCCCCAUUCUGUUUACAUUGACCGCAACUGGCCAACCGAGUAUCUCGAGUCCGUCUUCAACGCGGGACGUAACGGAGCCUCGGGAGGCGCGCGGCCGUCCGUCUUUGGUGAUCGUGAGCAUAACUUCCGCGGUACCACCUGGUUCUAUUCCGCUGGCUUCUCGCCCAACCUCUGGAGACGCUGGCUGGGCUACAAGGUCGACAACGACGGCGGUGAGCAGGAGGAGCUUGCAGGCGAAGGACGAAUGUGCCUUCCCCCGAUGCUGCUCCACCCUGUUAAAGAGGUGGAGAUGAUCAUUGAUGAUGGGGUGGAAGCUGAUGUCGCAGAAACCGAUGAAAUGGAACCAGAGGAAUGGAUAUAG